AAGUAUGUCGUCAGACUUCUACUCUAGAGAUGAUCUGGUGGAGAGGGGGUCCAUCCCCCUGGACAUCGACAACGUCCACAUGCUGCUGCAGGUGGAGCAAGAACAGAUUCAGAAGAGGACCUUCACCAACUGGGUCAACGCUCAGCUGGCAAAGCGGAGGCCACCAUGUAUGGUCGUGGAUCUGUUCAACGACUUCCGUGAUGGCUCCAAAUUACUGGACCUGCUGGAGGUGAUGAGCGGCCAGUACAUUAGUCGGGAGAGAGGCAGGGGAAUGUUUCAGCACAGGAGCAACAUUGAGAAGGCUCUCUCCUUUCUAAAGAAGAAAUCGAUCAAACUAGUAAAUAUAAACAUUCCUGACAUCAUUGAUGGCAGACCAUCCAUCAUCCUGGGCCUCAUAUGGACAGUCAUUCUACAAUAUCAUAUCGAGGAGUUGGCCAGCAGUCUAUCAUUCGACUCACGUCAGUCCUCCAUGGAGUCGCUGGCCAGUCUGGACUCACGUUCCACCCUGUCGAGCCGCUCGGCCAGCAGCAGUCCUGUUCCUCCCAGAGGCUCACCACUACACAGCCGCUUCAGGGUUUCUGCCAAGAAGGCCCUGAUGCUCUGGGUCCGAGAACAGUGUCACAAAGCUGGCUGUUCAAUAAAUGUGAAGGACUUCAAAGCAAGCUGGAGGAGUGGAGUGGUCUUCCUGGCGAUCCUGUACGCUCUGCGGCCCGACCUGGUGGAUCUGUCCAAAGCCAGAACCAGAAGCAACAAACAGAAUCUGGAGGAGGCCUUCCGCAUUGCAGAGAAAGAGCUCAGGAUCCCCAGACUGCUGGAGCCUGAUGGUGAGUGA